AUGACACACCACACGUAUAUACAAAUUGUACAAACAACCUCGCCGAUCAUGUCUUGGUGGAAUUCCUUUGAAGAAUUGCAGGACUUACACCAGUACGCCUACAACCCUUCACAGGUUGACGAUUGUAAGUUGUGGAAUGUCCAGACACAAACAAGAUUAACCAACAAUUACAUCAAUUGGAACUCACACAACUAUUUAACACAAACAUAUGUACAAUCAACACAUCAAAUGUUGUGGAUUCUGACACGACAAACUACCCUUGAAGAACUGUAG